GGCUUUGCAAAAAAGGCUUGUGUACGCGGGUGCUCUGGCUUACGGCUCGGGCUUGAGUAGUGGAAAUAGUAGCCCGGGCACCACUUCGACGGCAGCGCCGAAAAGUCCUACGCGGUACGCCCAAAAACUACUCGCAAAGCACACCAGCCCAUAAAACACACUAAUUCGCAGCGCCAGGAACGAUGGCGCAAAUACUAAGAGACCCCAGCGCCCUGCGCCAGCUCGACGAAAACGAAACAAGAGCGGAGAUCUACGAGGACUACUCCCAGGCGACGCCGUUCGAACGGGGCGUCGGCAUCCUCGCGGACGCGUUAGAACACUGGGGCGCGAAUGACGACGGCCAGUUUCUCAGGAGAAGCAGUACCACUCGUAGGACGACGCGGGACUUGGAAGGUAGAUCAUAUGAUAUUGCGUUGCAUAGCGACGGCCGGGCGCCGGCGUGGCCGCCGCAGCAUCCCGAUCAAUUUUGUGAAGACGACUUCGGGCCUUGUGCUGAUUGGAGCUGCUUCUUUGAUGCUGAAAGAGAUGAAGAAACAAUGAAAACAUUAAGGAGCCUCUUCGGCAUGCGCGAGGCGCUGGUGAUCACGAACGCGACGCACAAGAGCCGCCUGACGCGUAAAGUGGAGGAGGGUUCGACGUUACUCGUACGGGCGGCCCGCGACGUCGUGAAAGGAGACCACCUCGACAAGAUCGUGGAGCUCGUGAAAGCGCCGGAGGAUGUGGAUGCUCGCUCUCGCACCAUCCUCGCGGCGGCGGCGCUGGCCCUGGCGCAGACUAGAGCAAGGGUGCCGGUGGUCGUCGUGGAAAGGGACGACCGCACUGUGGUCAUAAGGGGGGCGUCGGCGGCGCGCAGUGCAGCGGCGGAUAUCAGUGUCGACAUGGAAGAAGGCCGCGGCCUGCGCUGCCACGACCUCGUGGCGAAGGUCUGUCAAAAGUCGGACCAGUGUUUCAUAGCGGCAAUGAGGACGUGGUCCCGCGAGCGACCGCCCGAGCCGGCCUUUGGGGCUUCUAGAGUGAGACAACGCUGGCGCACGCAACCUGUCGGAGUGGGGGCUCGCUUGGCGGGCGCCGAGUAUCGGCGCAACGAACCGUUGUGGGGCGCCGCGCGGGAACCUUUAUCAGCAGUAACCGUGCAAGCGCGCUGGCCGCCUAGAAACGCUUCCCAAUUGAUCGACGACGCCUUCGUGACGCAUCCCACGUCGUUCGACGAGUUGCGGUGCCCGGCGUGGACGGCUUCGGUUCGUUUUGACGACGAGGAAACGCCGCUGGCCGAUAUUCUUUCAGCCUUAUCCGCCGCGAAACUACUGGCCGAUGCGAAUCCGAGCGAUGCUACGUUAGAUAACUUCGCAGGUGACCUCGAGGACGGGCCCUUCGCUGAGACCGCUCGUUUGCUAGCUGGCCGGACAAAAACUAUAAUCCCGGACCGCCUGGACGCUUUGGUGCGGGAGGUCCUUGGAGAUUCAAGACCGGCCAUGGAUUCUGAUGAGGAAGAGGAGGACGACGACGCGUGUGCGCCCACGACCACCUCGGCAAAGACGUGCGGCGCCCACGACGCGUUGGCCCUAUUAGCGUUGCGGCUGGGCGGCCUCUCUUCCCUGGAAGCCAUGAGUUGCGUCUGGGCGACGUUCCUCGAGGCGUUACGAUCAAGGUGGGAUGCGAAACGGCCGCUCUGUUACACACCGAGCUUGCCUGAAGAUGGCGGCGCCUUGCGAGAAAGGAGCGCUUCAUCGGUAUACUGCGGGCGUCGCCGGGUGGACGUCUGUGAUAGUGUAGGUGCCCUGGAAACGGGUUGCGCCUUGCAGAAACUGAUCGCGACCGUAGAUUUGUCAAUAAGGUGCUCCUCGUCGGAAGCUACUUCUCAGAAAGAUGGCAUGGCGGUCCAGAUCGCCUGCUCCCCGAAGCUGGAACGAGAGGCUGAUGAGCUGGACCGCCACGGCGACGGCGACGCAGCGGCGAAGAGGCGCGAGGACCUGCGCUUGGCAACGGUCGCGUCCGACGUCGGCGCUUUCAAGGCGAGCCACCCGCACGCGACCGUCGCGGAUUUUUGGAGGUGGGCCCAUCCCGCCGCUUGUGAGCCCGACACUGACGUGGAUCCUCAGGUCGAAGCUUUAUGGGAUGUGGUGGAAGCGACGCCGUGUUCUGAUUUGAAACCGCUCUUCGACGCUGAGAACGAGGCGGAGGCCGCCCUGCACGCGCUGGAAACGGCGCGGCCGCGCUGGGUCCUCGGGCAACUAUUAGCUUGUGCGGCCACGACGGCCGUCUUCGUGUUACGAGAUGCGUGUAUACCGCUGGCGUGCGUGGAGGCGGCCAUCGAGCAGGUUGAUUUAAAAUGUGCUUCCCUGGUCGAGGCCGUGGAACGGACGGAGACGGCGGACAUGGUUGGCGUCGAGUGUGAUUCUUCAGUGAUCGGUGCAGCGUCUUCCUUGAUAGCGGCCGUCGCCGCGGCCGAAGGGCUCAUGGGCCGGGCGACGGCUUUGCUUUCAAGGUUGGGUGAUGGUGAGGAUGCCAAAUAUCUAGCCGAGCGCCUCCUCGCCGCGAAAUCCGUCGCAGUAGAUGAUCUGAAUGAGAGGCGCGCCGUGGCCAAUGUCCUGCGCUCCUACGCCGCCACGGACGGCUUCCUCCCUCCACCGACAAUACGGGAGUACGUGCUCUGGGCGGCCGACGGCACGCGCGCCUACGCAUCCGAGGCGAACGGCGAAGUGUGCUACGCUACGGCGAUUGUGAGAAAUGAGUAAUG